AUGCGCCACGGAUCAGUUCUAGUAGCCAUCACGGCUACCCUCUUUGCAUCGCAAGUAAUAGCAAAGAACGUCCCCUCAGCUCUCAAAGCCUUCUACAACAAGGCCAGAAGGGGCGGCGACUGCGCCGGUGCCGACGCUCUCCAAACGGGCUUCUUCAGCACCGAAUGGAGCGGUGGUCACACCACCUACUGCACCAAAUACCUCCCCACCGGCAAGGGCUUCUACCUCAAAGGUCCUGGGUUGGACCUGGCAAACAUGGACAUCGACUGCGACGGGGAGCAGAGCAGCGGCGACGGACGCUGCGGGUCGUCAACAGACACACAAGGCCAGACUCGGUGGGGUUUGAAACACCCAAGGAAGCACGGGGUGAGGGAUCUCAACGCAAACAUCCACCCGUAUGUUGUCCUCGGGAACGAAGGCAGCUACAGCCCAACGUUUGAUCCGCGGACGGUUGGCGUCGAGCCCCUGAGCAUCGUGGCCGUCGUGUGCGGCGACGAGCUCGUCUACGGGGUUUGGGGCGACACCAACGGGGACGACAACGAGCAUCCCAUGGUUGGAGAAGCCAGUCUGGCGCUGGCGACCGCGUGCUAUGGCUCGACUAUCAGCGGUAACAGUGGCCAUGAUGAGGCGGAUGUGCUGUACAUUGCUUUUGCGGGCAAUGAGGCUGUGCCUGCAAGGGCCAAGUGGGAUGCAGACAGCUACGGGGCAUUCGAGGAGAGCAUCACUGCGCAAGGUGAUAGGUUGGUCGCGCAGUUAUUUGGCGACAAGUCAACAGUGACCGCUGGCUCUGAUCCGCAUCGCACCUCGACUUCCUCGAUCGACAGCGACAGCGACAAUAGCGACAAUGACGAUGAUAACUCAGAACACAAUCCCAAGUCCGGUGACACAAUACGGAGCACAAUACCACGAGUUUGCCACAUCAUUCUGGUUGUCUUGAUCGCCUUGAUCGCCCUUGCCUGA